AUGGGGCUGUUUGCUGCAGCCCCGGAACAGUGCUACUUCUGCCAAUUAGCUGUGGGCCCUGCAUCGCGAGGACCUCAAGCAUGGUCGUGUCCCACGUGUGGGUGCUGGAACGGGAGAGACCGCGCCGGACGCAUCGACGGCGACCACCCCGCCAUGCGCGAUAGCGCGAUGAACGAGGCCAACUUUGCUCGGCGAGCACACCCCUCCCCGGCGCGUCUACCGACCGCGUCCUCGGCGUCCUCGCCCUUCUGUCAUACCUGCCAAGCGAACCAGACACUCGUCAUCAAUCUCCUUGCGACAUACCUUCCAGAUGAGAGCGAUCCGGCGUAUUCCGAAAGACUAGCCAGCUUGGACGCCUACCGCACAUCGCUGUACCAGCGCUACCCGCCAGUUUGUGCUUCGUGUCAACCAGGCGUCGACGCGGGGCUGAAGCGCGCCGAUCAGCGCGCACAGGCCGAGGCGUUCGGGAGCGCACUGAAACGUGGUGUCGACACGCCUCGCCAGACUGGCCUAAGUUGGGUCGACAUAGGCGUCUGGCGCGCCCGCAGUGUAGCUUGGGCGCUGGACAUUUUCACCGCCAUGGGUAUUGGGCUGUGCGCGCGGGCCGCUCCCGAGACGCUGUAUCGCAUAGUCCAGGACAACGCGCCCGCCGUGCUCGCAAUACGCGUCGCCGCUAUCCUCUGGGCCGUGUGGGACCCGACUUGGCUGCGCGCCGCACGUGAAGGGCACCCUGCCCAAGGUAGACGCGCAUGGGUGGGCAUCAUGCUCACUCUCUAUCUCCUGCGCAUCGCUGUCGUUGUCGGUCUAGUCUUUGGCUUUCCAGCGAGGUGGAUCACGGCCGCCGGCGCCCUGGACAUCACCAUGGUCAUUGCGGCCCUGACGCGUCGGCGCGACGCGUCGCGUAUCCAGCUCACGCUCGUGCGGCCGGUCCAUGUCGAGACGCGUCCGCAGCCCUCCCAACCUCCCAACCACUCCUCCCAUUCCAAAGCUGGCCCCUCAUCUAAACCAGAACCGCCUCAGCCUACGCGCCAAUCUGCGGUCUUCGGACAGCCGUCUCUAGCGUUACCUGAACAACCUGACGAACCAAUGGACUGGGAGCCGACACACAGCGACUGGGACGGCUUUGGCGUUGGCACGCAGCGGAUGUUCGCGCCGGCCGAGUCGAACGAAACUGGUCUUGAGGCGCUACUCGCCACGUGGGGUCUGGGUGGUGAACCAGUACGUGAGCGACCACAAAGCGCCUGGGAACGGAGCAGGUGGGGCGAGCAACGAAAACUUGUUCCCAAGGAUAGCCACGGCGUCUUCGCAAUACCUCAGCCGGCUGCUCCGCGAGACGUGUUGCGUCCGUUAUGGGUUGCGAGGGCCGCACUCGUCGCUCUACGCGUAGCUGCGCUCGUUGCGGUUCUCAUCCGGCUAAGGGCGGAUAGUGCUCUUAAGGCCCUGCUCGGUCUGGAAGUGGCCGUGUCGACCAUCACCCUUGGCGCCGCACUUCCCUCUCGCUCGUGGUCGCUCGCCCUCCUCGCCGUGGAUGCUGGUGUACGCGCUUCGGUCCUCCUCUCUCCCCACCUGGUGCCUCUACCCGAAGCACUGAGAGAGCAGGCACCAGCGAUCGAGUGUGUGGUGUGGGCGGUGGCCGACGCGGCGCUUCUGCUAGCAUAG